UUCACUUUGCUCACUUCAACAUCAUUUUAAAAUAAUAUUGAUCAAAAGAAACAUUAAAGCUGUCACAAGUUAGUUAUUAUUAAAUAGCUUUACUAUUUUUGUUAUUGUUUAGGAUGAAAAGUAUUAUAAAAAAUCAUGUAGGGAUCUUAAUUUUGAUGGCAAUUGAAUUUCUAAAAUGAAUAUAGUAGAGGUAGUAAAAACAAGGCAGAUUUAUUAUGCCUCGGAAAGAAAAUACAAAAGCCAAAACAUGGGAAAGGGACAGAAGGAAUCGUAUGAACAGUUACUUUAAAAAUUUAUCAGAUCUUUUACCACCACCAUUAGAAGGCCGUAAACGUAAUAAAAUUGAUAUACUUGUCCAUGCUUCCAAGUAUAUUAAAGAACUGCACAGUCGUACUGAUGAAUUGUUCUAUGACAAAGCCUCAGAUGCUCACAAAAAGGAAUUAGCUCGACUGAAGAAGCUUGUUACUCAAUUAGUAUCAAGAACCCAGCUAUUAACAGAUCUCUUGAAAAAUGCUGGGAUUAAUGUACCUGCAGAACCUGCACUGGAGAAAAUUUCUCCACUCAAAUGGUCUAACAGAAUCAAUGUUCUUACUGGAUGUAAGGUUAUUGAUUUUGUUGAGACAGACAAAACAGUGGAAAAGACAACUAAGAAAAUUACUAAUGAUAUGAAGAAAAAGACCAAUAGUGAAAGUAUAGCUGAGCAGUCACCCGUCCAUAAUGAAAAAUCAAACUGUACUAUAGAAGAUCAAGAAAAUUGUGUUAGUAGUGAAGCAAAUAAAUCAGGUAGAAGUUCUGAAAAAUCAUCUUCAACCAUUGAUAAAUCAAUACCAAGUGGAUCUGGACAAGAUUCUCCACCCAAGUCUGAAAUAAAAGAUCACAAAAAAGUCAAGAGGAAAAAAAGAGUAGUAACAAAAAAAUCAUUGACUAAAAAAUCUUCUGAUAUAAGUAACCUUCCAACAGGUACUCUAGUGUUUUCAGGUGGUAAGAUAAUGCCAGUUGUGACUCCAAUACAAUCAUUAACUUCAAAUAUUAUUGUAAAUACUCAGCCUCGACCAGCUAAUUCUAUAAUUUUAAACAAUGCACAACAGGGUCAAAUGAUUGUAGUACAACCUUUACAAACUAAUCACUUUCAAACAAUUAAUACUAUGCAGGCUUUGAAUACUGUGCCAAACAUUCAAGCGAAUGUUUUGAUAAAUCCUCAAGAUUGGGCAAAAAAUGUAAAAACAGUUAUAAGUUCAAGUAAAGUAGGGGGUAUGAAAACCAUAUUACCAAAGACUCGAGAAGUUACUGAAACCACAAUGACAUAUAAAGUUCCAAUUCCAGCAAUUCAUAAAGAGAAGGUAGAUAACAAGUGUGAAUCAAAAGAUAAAUUUUCAUCAGAAAAACAAGCAAAAACUAAGACAGGUUGUAAAAAUGUGACUGAUAAUAAAUCAGCUAAUACAGAAGUGCAAAAUAAUUCUAAGGUUUUAAAGCGAGAUAAUAAGGAUAUCAAUGUUAUUCAGCAAAAACUAAAUAUUGAUAAACAGGGUGUAAAGAGGGCAGCAAGUUCUAGAACUGCAGUGGAAGUAAAGAAAAAGAAACUUGAAUCUAAUGAAAAUGCAAAUGAAAAUUUACAAGUAAAUAAAAAUGUGUUAGAUAACAAUGUAACUUGUGAGUCUAUUGAAAAUUUAAAGCAGGUAAUAGAAAAGAUUGGAGAAGAGAUACCUUAUGCAGAUGUACAAUUAUCUGAUUCAACAAAUUGUUCAAAUACUACACCCAGUGAACAAAAAAAUGACAAUAAUUUACUAAAUAAGUCAAAUUCUUUAUUAGAGAGUAAAAAGCCUGAAGAAAAAUCAGUAGACAGUUCUACAGAUCAAAGUUUAUUAAAAACUGAUAUGGCUAACAGUGAAAAGAAAAGUAUGGAUAAAGAGAAGCAAAGUAGUUCAAAUAUAUGUCAAUCAAAAAGCAAUAUUUUGGAUAAAAUAGAAAAUGUAGUUGUCAGCAGUGAUAAAAAUAAUUCAUCAGUAUUAACAGAAAAUACAACUAUAGCAGAAAAUAAUAAAGUAGAUGUACCUAAAGAAAUUACUAUUUCAUUAGCUUCAGGAUGUAACAUCGAUGAAAACAUAAUUCUUCCAAGUGAAACAAAUCAAAGUUGUAAUAUUGAAAGUGGACUCAAUAAUAUACUACAGUCAAACAGUCAGAAUGAUAUAAAUCAAGAACAAGUGCUUCCUGAAAGUAAUAAAAUAUUAUUGAAUUUAGACACCAAUACUACCAUGAAAUUAAAUGGUUUGGACAAUAAAAUGGACUCCGUUCCAACAACACCACCAUCUAUUGUUACUGCAAGCGAAGAAGAAUCAAUAAAAUUAAAAGAUACCACGAAAGAAGAUCAGAGUAUUAUGAAAGCAAUAACUUACAGUCCAAGUAAUAGUUUUGUACCAAUCAACAAACCCGAUUCUUUACAUUCUGAUUUAUCGAAUGAUAUUUUUGCGUCACUUCAAGUACCUUCAAGCUCGAAUAAUUCAGAAUCAAUAUCUCCAACAGCAGCCUUUUUGAUGGCUUUUCCUAUUGUCUCGUCUUUAGGUGGUAAAACUGAUGUUCUUGAUGAUGAUUUGAAAGAUGAUUUUAAAUAUAACAGUCAAACACCUCCAAUGUUAUUACAAAUAGGCACUAUAGAGCCAAACAAUUUCAAAAUUAAUACAAGGCCUUUGUCAAGUGAAAAUUUGGAAUCUGUUGAGCCAUCUGCAAUUAGUCAGCAAUCAUCUGUAAAAUCUUCCACUGAUCCAACACCACCAACAACUUGUUCAACACCUGUUACAACUACUGGAAAAACAUUACCUCGAGUUAUUAACAGUCAAACUAUUACAGAUUCAUUCAAAAAUAUUACAGAUCCAUUCAAAAUUAUUCCAGUUUCAUCGGAACAAAUCAACAAGCAACUAAGUAACGAAACAAAUACUUCUCUGCCGUCACAGACUAAUUCAGUUAAUCAAACAGUUAAUUCAAACUCUGUUUCUACAAGUUCUCUUGUUUCUACAAGUAAAAAUCAGUCUCAAAUGGUUGUUGGUAGUAUAAAUAAACCUGUAAAUACUAGUCAAAAUUAUCCAGUGAACAACAAAUCUCAAUCGAAUUUCAACUACACAAAAGAUAUGCCUUUGUCUUCUAUUGCCAGUUCGAUGGCGACUGAUAUUUUGAACAAAUACAUUUCAACAACAUCCUUAUCAACAAAUACCAUGGCUACUACAACUUCAGCAAAGUACAAUCCUGUUCCAAAUUAUGCAUCGCAAAAUUGUCAAACUUCUAUACCUGUCUGCUCAAAAGAAAAUCUUGAUCGAAAUAACCAGUAUAAUUUCUCGACGACUGACAUUCCUACCGAAAAAGAUCUCUGCAAACUUCCACUGUGCCCAAUAGAAGCGUUCACGGAAAGAAGCAAUGAGUACUCUGUUCGAAAUAAGCAACACACGUUCUCCAAUCCACCUGUUCAGAUAACCAACUCGGAAGUUGUAAAUAAAAACAGUCAAUCAAGUAUGAAUCAAGAAAAAAUUGCAAAGCCACCAGUACAAAGUAAUCAAAAUAUGAGUACGAAUACUGAUUACCAUCCAACAACAAAGAAAGUGGAGAAUAAAGUACCUUCCACUAAUACAGAACAGAACGUUAUAUAUCAUAAAAAGGAGAGCCAAGUACCUACCUUAAAUUCGUAUAACAUUGCUGCAUGCGACAAUAAAAUUACUAAAAAGAUGAUUUCGACAUCCUCUCAACCGAGCAAUACGGAUCAAAAAUUGGUACUUUCGUCGCGGUCUAAUAUUUUUCCACAACAACCAAAUGUCUAUGUUUCAACUACGGGAUACGAAGACACUAACAUUACCAGAACAACUACAAUAGCUGCCACAACAUCCUCCAACUUUAGCAUUUUGUCGUGGACUACUUUUUCGUCGGUCAGCAGUAGUAAUAAUAAUUUUCCUCAGUAUGAUUCAACAUCUGCAUCCAAUGAAAUACCCAAAAGUACUUGUGACAAUUUUAAUUACUUGCCGAUGACAAAAGAAAAUAUUUCAUUACCUAAUGCAAUGUCGCAGCCAUCGUAUUUCACCGUCGAUACUCAAGCUCCUAGUUAUGACAAAUCAAAGUCAAAGAUGUCAGUUGAUCCUCAGAAACGGUCAUACGACAUGAAUAAGUCGAGAAAUAUGCGUGUCUCCCAAACAGUUCCGAUGCAAAAAUCACCACGUAGUCAAGUUCCGCUUGCAAUCUCAGCAACAGAUUACAAGUACCACGCAGGAAGUAAGAAACAGUACAAGUACCCGGUGGAUGUGGAUUACAGUCAACACAAUUACGUCAAUGGAUUAGAUUUACCCCCUCACUUACAGCAUCAUCAAGGCCAACAGAAUCAACAAACACAUCAGCCACCAAAUCAUCAGUCAUCAUCCAAAGCUUCUUCGAGUCAGCAAAUUCAAUCUCACAAAUCUGACAAAUCUAAUUAUAUGUUACCAGAUUACGAUUCGCAUGCCAACUUCAAUGCAGACUCGAAUAAUCUUCAACCGAGAUAUUCUAAUAAUCACGACGGUUACUCUGGAGCAAAUUUCAAGUAUAAUGAAAAGAAUCAGCAGAUUCAUUCGAAGUACCAACCAACCCCGCAGGUAGCAUCGACGCCAAUGCACCAUGAUAAUUCAAUAUACAAUAAUAAUAACAAGCAUAUGCAGCAUCAGCCUCAGUCCAGUCACAGUAAGUCGAAAACGGAUCAAAAUAGUCAAGUGCAAUCAGUGCAGCAGCAGCAGCAACAGCAGCAGCAGCAGCAGCAACAGCAGCAGCAGCAACAACAACAGCAGCAACAACAACAGCAGCAACAACAGCAGCAACAGCAGCAGCAACAACAGCAGCAACAAAUGAAUCAGCAACACGCUUCAAGGCCACCUGUGAAUUGGAUGAUGACUCCUGAAAUCAAGCAUAAUUCAAACAUCACUGACAUUAUUUUACCUCCGAUCGGUAAAGAACUUGAUUUCUGUCAAAAUAAUUUGUUCUCGCAAACAGCCAGUUACAAUCAAUCGGGUACCAAUCAUCAGUUCUACAACAAUUACGACAUGUCUACACACACUUUUGCCAACAUAGCAGUUUUACCAGGUGAAUCGAAGAGAAACGUGGACACGACGUAUUAUCCCGAAGAGCAGACGUUUUCGUGGUCACCUACGAAAAAUAUAUCUCAGAAUGCAGAGCAGAAUCAGAAUCUGAAAGGAAUCGAAACAUCAACGUUACCGGCAUUGGUAGGUGAUUUGGCACUGAAUAGCAAUAUUUCAGACAAGCAGAAUUUCCUGUUUGGACAAAUGCCUGUCAGGAGUAACGCUAACGAGUUGAAUAAAGAUUCAAUGAAAGAUAAAGAAAGCACAAGUCGCGACUAUCAAAACGUAGUGAAUCCUCAAAACGCUCAACACGCUUCGCACGGCAUGCCCUUCUUAUCGGUCAGUCAGCUGGUUGAUCACGAGAAGGCGGAGAAAAAUCAGCAUCAGCAAUCUCACAACACUGUCAACCAUCAUCAGCAUCAUCCUCAUCAGCAACCACAACAACCGCCACCUCGUAAGCAACGUAAGGGCAGUAACAGUCCACGUGCUAGUAAUAAGAGACAGUUGGAUAUGAGGCACAAACAGUCGGCAAACAGUAACAAUGAUCAAAUUCAUCGUCAGCAUGAGGAGCCAAAAACCAGCUCGAGUAAUUCUGGUUUCAAUGAAUCAAGUUACCAACAACCACAGCAACAGCCUCAGCAGCAGUCUCAACAACAAACUCAACAACAGCAGUCACAACAACAGCAGCAACAGCAGCAACAAAAGUACAAUCAAACGAACAAUGAUGUGCAAUGGAGGAGUAGAAAUUGCAAGAGUAAUUACACGGCCGAAGCGUUGAUCGGAAGCAACACUAAUCAAACGGAUAACUCACACAAUGAGAAGAAUCUACCAAAAUAUUCGGCGAAUUACUCGCAAAAUAAAUUUUCUGGCGCACUGACAUCCGAUUCCAUGGCUAUCAACUACUUCCCCAAUGUCGAGGAUGCAAGCAGUGGCUACGGACAGGUGAUGAAUCAGAACUUCAACCCGUCGUACGCCUACUCAUCCAACGCCAAUAUCUAUCCGAGCACGAACUUCAUUACCAACAUUUCCAAUAGCUCGGCUAAUUACAUGAUGCCCUUACACGAGAACGCUGACUAUCUCGACGGCAAUAACUUCCUUUUACCAGCCAACGUGUCGACUACGUCAAUUACAACGCCUUUGUUAACCAACAUGACGGAUGGUUCGAAAAGCCAUCAUCAUCAACAUUACACCUCGAGCAAGCAUCAGAAUUGCGAUAAACGACCGUUCUACGGUCAGCAGAAGAAGAGCAAACGGAAAUCGGACAACAACACGCAGAAUUUUCCAGAUUUCCCUAUUACUUCGCCGCUCGACGAUUAUCAUCACACUUCGGCACCGUUCUUGACGAAUCCACUGUAUCAGACUCAGUCGAGUGUUUAUCCAAAGCCACCAUUGCCAACGGCAAGUUCGUCGAGCAACGCCAAUCAGUCGAUGACACAGCAUCAUCCGUCUGGCACGAGUCUCACUAAUUUUAAUCUCAGCACAAUUUUCCCGGAGAUUAACGAUAAGGUGUCUGGCUAUAAAUCAUCUACGAUAACGCAACCAACUAGUCAUACUUCGACAACUUAUUCCCAGCGAAGUAAUUACAGUGACCCUAUGAGUCAGAUGCCACAGGCUUCAGAGACGUCGACGCACUUCAAUAAUGCACCUGGGUCACGCUGAUAUAUGUUUAUCUGUCGUAAACCGCGACAGAAACCUGGAACAACUACCAAAAAAUCUGGAAAACUUGUAAAUAUGUGUAUAUAAAUAAUCGUAAAUGACUAAGUAUUCUAUG